AUGUCUCAAACUAUACAUAAUGAUAGUAAUAGUGACGAUGACGAAGUAUAUAGAGUUCUUGGUGGGCUUUAUAUCUCUUCUAUGAAAUCGUUGUCAACUGCCGUUGAUCUCAAUACAAAGUACGGCAUAGACAGUAUAAUUAGCGUGCAAAAAGAACAAAUUCCUCUCUACUACGAACAUUAUCACAGAUUACAGGUGCCAGUGGAUGAUUUAGAUAGCGAAAACUUGUUUUUGCAAUUUCGGAAAGUGAACAGUUUUAUAGAAAAUGUACUUCAUCCUAAAGAGACCCAAACCUCUCCAGGUAAAGUUCUUGUUCAUUGUAAUGCAGGUAGAUCCCGAUCGGUAAGUUUCGUGGUGGCCUAUCUAAUGAAAAAGUUCAACCUAACCUAUAAGCAGGCGUUAUAUGCCGUGCAAAGGAGGUAUCCUAAAGCAGAGGAAGUAAGGCCCAACGAGGGAUUUGUCUUGCAGCUCCAACUUUACGGUGAAUGUGAGUGUUGCGAUGACGUCAAAGAGUUGGAUGACAAAUAUCCGAAGUAUAGAGCUUUCAGAAUGAGUCUGUUGAAACGACACAAUAUGCUUGACAAUACUGAAUACAAGGACAUAAAGGAUGUUGGCAUGGAACGCAAAAACAGUGCUGCCUAUUCACUAAGAUGCAAGAAAUGUAGGCAGGUACUCGCCACUUCAAAAGCGGUAAUACCACACACUAUCCCGAAAGACGAUGACGACAAGCAAAAGUAUUUCUACAGAACAGCUUUCUGGACCAAGGAAGUGGUUGGAAUUGAGAAGGCUAGCACAGAAUGUACUCACUUCUUUGUGGAGCCGUUAAAAUGGAUGAAACCUGAAUUAAGUAAAGGAAAUUUGGAUGGACGGUUUGAUUGCUUCAAAUGUGGCUGCAAAGUUGGCGGUUAUGAUUGGCCAGGAUCUCGCUGUAGCUGUGGCAGAUGGAUGGUUCCUGCCAUCCAUCUACAAAAGGCCAAAGUGGACAAAGUAAUGGCUAAUAUGUCACUUUCCAUAAAAGUGGAACCCAAGAAGAAAGCAGCAGCUUGA